AUGAGUAAUUGGCUGGGGUUUUCUCGGACUCCACACCUGAGAGUUGAUGAUGAAGAAGAAGCCUUUGGAAGAGAUGAAAAUCCCUCACAAGAUGAAAACGCUCGAGAGGGCUGUUUUCACACUCCUAUUUCUAUCAUGCCUUUGAGCCCUGAUGGUUCUCUUUGUGCAUUGGAUCCUUUUAGGCGUUCAAAUGGCACUGAUGAAUGGAAUAUGGGGGCAUCAAACCCUAAUGGGGAGGGUCCGAAAUUUGAAGAUUUUCUUGGGUGUUGUUACUCAAAUUCUCCUCCGACUGAACCUAAAGUUUACUGUCAAUCUGAACCUGGUGAAAUAAAUGUUAACAAGCCACCGAACUUGGAUACUUCUGAUGGAGAUGCUGACAGAGGAGAAAAUUUCACAAAUCCGUCUUCCUUUUUUGAACCAUAUCACUAUAGUAUAGUCCCAGCUGGUGGGCAGCUUGAAACCUGUGAUGCUAACCCUAACCAUGCCGCUAAUGGUGUGUGCCAUGUAGCGUUUGAUAGUGCUGAAACUUCAGUUUCUGGGUUCAAGUCCUGGUUGCGCCAAACUCAGUUUCUGACUGAGAAACCUCCAGCGGAGAACAGCAGUAACUUUCAAGCUCUUUCUCUAACUAUGAGCCCCAGUUCCCAGCCGGGUUUGGCGCCGCCGCCUUUGCGCUCGGCCGCCGAUGGUAAGAAGCGGGCAGUAGCAAAGUCUUCUGCUGUUGGGGAACCAGUACCACGUAAAUCAAUUGAUACUUUUGGACAAAGAACCUCUCAAUAUCGCGGUGUUACGAGGCAUCGAUGGACUGGAAGAUAUGAGGCUCAUUUGUGGGAUAACAGUUGCAGAAAGGAAGGACAAACAAGAAAAGGAAGACAAGGGGGUUAUGAUAAAGAAGAAAAGGCAGCUAGGGCUUAUGAUUUAGCUGCUUUAAAAUAUUGGGGUCCAACUACUCACAUUAAUUUUCCUUUAAGCACCUAUGAGAAAGAGCUUGAAGAGAUGAAAAACAUGACCAGACAAGAAUUUGUUGCCCACUUAAGAAGGAAGAGCAGUGGGUUUUCCAGAGGAGCGUCAAUGUACAGAGGAGUCACAAGGCACCAUCAGCAUGGGCGGUGGCAAGCUCGAAUUGGAAGGGUUGCCGGCAACAAGGACUUGUAUCUUGGUACCUUCAGUACACAAGAAGAAGCUGCGGAAGCCUAUGAUAUUGCUGCAAUUAAGUUUAGAGGGACGAGUGCCGUGACCAAUUUUGAAAUAAGUAGGUACGACGUUAAGAGGAUUUGCUCAAGUUCAACCCUUGUAGCAGGAGACCUCAUUAAGCGUUCCCCUAUGGACUCGGGUUCAACUUCCCUUGAGGAUUACAAUUCUUGCGCGUCAAUGGCCUCUUCUCAAUCUCUUCUCCAAAUUACAAAUGGAAAGCCUUGCAAUGAAUUGACAGAGAUGAUGUGGAAUGCUGGCACUGAUCAGCCUCUGCACAACCAGUUUGCAAAUGUGAACACUAACGAACAAUUGGCUGGAUCGACCAGCAGGAAUUCCUCUAGCCCGCAAGGUCUCAAGGGACCAGUCUCGGGUUCUGCCAGAAGGGAUGUGGAGUCUGGGGGUGGUGCAAGUUAUUCUCAACCAUAUUUCCAGUUGCAAGGGGAGAAGUACGAAGAGGGGACUAAUGUGAGUGAUCAAAUAAGUGCUAAUCCAAUACCAAAUUCUGGAUGGGUAAAUCAGGUCCCUAUGUUUGCACUCUGGAAUGACUGA